AUGGAUCUCUCUGCUUUGCCAAAUAACAACCAUCCUGACAAAUUCCUGCAGCUGGACGUGAAGCUGCUGAUGAGGAACUCGGCCCUCCUGCAGGCCAGCCUGGUGAGGUUUCCGGGCGGGAGCUACCCUGCUGCCCAGCACUGGCAAAACCUCGUCUACUCACAGAGAGAAAAGAAGAAUCUCACUGCUCAACGAAUGAGGGGAUCCAGUGUGGAGGGUGCUGUCUUCAUAGAUAGGCCCCCACCAGCUCUCUCAUCAGUCCUGAAGAAUAAUCCACUCUGUGGUGACAUAAGCUUGGAGGAAGCUAUGGAAGAAAGGAAAAAGAAUCCUUCAUGGACCAUCGAAGAAUAUGACAAGCGUUCCCUGCACACAAACCUCUCUGGGCAUCUGAAGGAAAAUCCUAAUGACCUGCGGUUUUGGUUGGGAGACAUGUACACGCCUGGUUUUGAUACCUUGUUGAAAAAGGAAGAGGAACAAGAGAAGCAUUCAAAAUACUGUCGGAUAGGUCUGAUUUUGCUCCUUAUUGCCUGCAUCUUGGUUUCCAUAGUGACUGUUAGCACAUUUUUCACCUAA